GCGAGGCUAACGUCCUGCUCUGUAGUUGCGUUAGCUGCUGCUCAGUUGAGUUCGAGUUUUUUCUUCACGGCUAUGAUUGACAGAGUCAGUAGAGGUUUACACGGGCAUGUCCGCACACUCGCUCGGUUGUUAUUAGUAACAGAAAGAUUUGCAGCAUGGCGAGUCGAGAAAGAGCCCAGAGUUCUCGCCACUCACACACAAGGACGAGAACAUCAUGUAUCGGAUUUUUGAGGAUGUUAUUUAUUGCUUGUAUUCACACGUCGCGGGCCAAUAAACAAGCAUUCAUUCAGUCAGACACAAUUCUAGAAGUUUUACAUUUUGGUGAGGGAAGCCUUUUACAGGCAGAGUCUGACAUUGAUUUUAGUUUAUAUCAUCAACAAAGCACGUCCCCGCACCGUGGGAACUGUCGACCUAUACGAUUUGAACCUCCUAUGUUGGACUUUCAUGAACAGCCUGUUGGAAUGCCAAAAAUGGAUAAAGUUUAUUUACACAAUCCUAGCUCAGAAGAAAUUAGUUUGAUAUCAAUAUCAGCAACAACAGCACAUUUUCACGCAUCCUUUUUCCAGAAUAGGAUAAUUCCACCAGGAGGCAACACAUCAUUUGAUGUUGUGUUUCUCGCUCGAGUAGUUGGGAAUGUAGAAAACACUUUAUUUAUUAAUACAUCACAUCAUGGAGUGUUUACAUACCAGGUUUUUGGGGUUGGUAUCCCAAACCCCUACAGACUGCGGCCCUUCAUCGGGGCUCGAGUCCCAGUAAACAGCAGCUUCUCACCUCUAAUACACAUCCACAACCCGUACAGUGAGCCACUGCAGGUUGUCGAGAUGUACUCCAGUGGCGGGGAUCUGCAUCUAGAGCUUCCCACAGGUCAACAAGGAGGCACUGGAAAAUUAUGGGAGAUUCCUCCAUUUGAGACAAAGGGGGUGAUGAGAGCCAGCUUCUCGUCAAGAGACGUAGACAACCACACAGCUUUCAUCAGAAUCAAAACCAAUGCCCCCAAUGAGGACAAGUUCAUCAUCCUCCCUGUAGAGGUGGAGGUCACAUCAGCCCCUGGUAUAUACUCCUCCACAGAGAUGCUUGACUUUGGUACGCUGCGGUCACAAGAUCGUCCAAAACUGCUGAAUCUACACCUUUUAAAUUCAGGAACAAAAGAUGUUCCAAUUACAAGUGUACGUACAACACCAUCAAAUGAAGCAGUCACCAUAGAUUUCAAAGCAGUCACACUGAAAGCUGGAGAGAGCAGAUAUACCAAAGUUGCAAGUAUUAGUUUUGAUGCCUCAAAAGCAAGAAGACCAUAUCAGUUCUCUGGUAAAAUAACUGUUAAAGCAAAAGAAAAGAGUUACUCCAAGCUUGAAAUCCCAUACCAGGCAGAAGUUUUAGAAGGCUACCUGGGCUUUGACCACACAGCUACAUUGUUCCACAUCAGAGACAGCCCUGUCGACCCCGUGGACAGACCCAUCUUCCUCACAAAUGCCUUCAGCUUUGCCAUCCGGAUACACAAUGUGUCCCUGCCCGAAGAGGCCAAAACCAUGUUUAAUGUUCAGAACUUCAGUGCACCCAUCGUCAUUCCUCCGCAUGAGUCGCGUUACAUCUUCUCCCUCCUCUUCCGACCAGUCCGACCCUCCAUUCACAUAGACAGCAAUAUCCUGCUCAUCACAAAUGCAUCAAAGUUUCACCUGCCUGUCCGGGCCUACACCGGCUUCUUGGAGCCACUGGUCCUGCCUCCCAGUCUGAAGGAGAACCUCCUGGACUUUGGUGUUCGCAGUGCAACUGACACCAGCAACAUCAUUUUUGUGGUGGUCAACAGUAAUCCCAUAGAGCUGGAGAUCAAGUCCUGGCUGGUCACAGGAGACAGUCUUUCCAUGGAGCUUCUGAAGACAGAGAAAGGAAACACAACAGUGGCCCUGAGUCGCCUGCGAGAGCUGCAGAACACUUCAGCCUCCCAUCACAAAACAGUGAUAUUAGCAUCUGGCUAUUAUGCAGUAUUCAGAGUGACACUUGUGGCCAAGGCACUGGAGGGCAUGUAUGAUGGAGCCAUACACAUAACCACAGAUUAUGAGAUAUUAACCAUCCCAGUGAAAGCUCUCAUUGCAGUGGGAACAUUAAACAGCUCUCCCAAACACAUCAUUUUACCGCCUUCAUUUCCUGGGAAAGUUGUUCAUCAAAGCUUCAGCAUACAGAGCUCUUUUACGCAGAAAGUGAGGCUACAGCAGAUCCGCUCCCUGACAGAAGAUAUACGUUUCUAUUACAAACGGCUCCGCAACAACAAAGACGAGCUGGAGCCAAGACGUAAAUCUAAGGUGGCAAAUAUUUAUUUUGAUGCCAGCUUGCAGUGUGGUGAUCACUGUUAUGUGGGGCUACCAUUUGUGCUUAAAUCUGAGUCCAAGCCUCAUGGGCUGACAUUACAGGAGGAUAUCUGGGACGCUGAUGUGGAUCUCCACCAGAAACUCCUCAGACGAUGGAAAGAGCUGAAAGAACGCUCAGGCCACAAGAUUGAAGCUGUAUUUGAAGUUAACACGGACCUUCAGAAAAACGUGCAAGCUAAAAUAACAGCGCACUUGACCUGGCCCUCACUGGUCAACUCUUCACAACGAAUUAUGUUCCCUUUGACCAACACAAACAGCUCCACUGAUGAGGAGGUGAUUCUGCAGAAUCCCGCCGACGUCCUCGUGUAUGUCCAAGUUCUCCCCUUGGCCCUGUUACCCAACCCUUCAGUGUUUUCUGGGAAGCUGGCCGACAGGUUGCCAUUAGGAAAUUUGUCCAACAUCAACAUUGACACAAAUACCUUAGAGUUCCAGGUUCACAGAAAUCAAACAUCCCUAAUGAAGAGCAGUACAGGGUUCGUAGAGGGAUCAACCAGACCCUUUGUGUACAACCUGCUCCUGCUGCCUGGAGAAGUCAAGUCAUUCAGCGUGAGGUUCACUCCCAUCAGCAACCACAGUGUCUCUUCCCUCCUCAUAGUCAGGAAUAAUCUGACUGUGAUCGACACAAUCAUACUUCACGGCCGAGGUACGACGGAGAGCCUGAAAGUUGCAGGAAAGCCUCCGGGGCAAGGCAGCUCGCUGAGGUUCAAGAUGACUGAGGCCCUGCUGAAAGACUGCACAGAGAAGACAAAAGUCAAGGAGCCAAACUUCACUCUCAAAAGAACCUUCAGAGUGGAGAACACUGGCUUGCUCCCGAUCACCAUCAGAUCAGCAGAAAUCAACGGGCAAGCUUGUGAAGGAUAUGGAUUCAAAGUUCUCAACUGUCAAGAAUUUGCACUUAAGCCAAAUGGUUCAAAAGACCUCAUCAUUCUGUUUACACCCGACUUCACUUCGUCUCGAGUGAUCCGGGAGCUGAAAUUGGUGACAUGUGGAGGCUCUGAGUUUGUGUUUGUCCUGAACGCCUCCUUGCCCUACCACAUGUUAGCUACAUGUGCAGAGACCCUGCCCAGACCGAGCUGGGAGCUGGAGCUCUACAUCAUAGUGUCUCUCAUUAUGAGUUCCAUGUUUCUGUUGGUGAUUGCCACAGCCUACCUGGAGGCUCAGAGCAUAUGGGAACCUUUCAAGAGACGUGUGUCAGUGGAAUCCAACUCCACGUUGGAGACUGGGAGACCAUUUAAUCUCAGGGAAAUUGUGCAAAUUCACAGUGAUUCAAAGUUGAACGAUUACAGCGACUCACCCCAGAACUCCAGAGGAGUAUAUGCAUCCAGCAACGGAGCUGCUCGGGUUGGAGGCCGACAGGGAAACAGCCGCACCUUAUCCGACUCAGACAGCCAAGAUAAGAGGUCAAGGAUCGGCUUCAGCCGCCCAUCUAUGCAAGCUACUUCCCCCCAGCUGACCAAAGGAAGUACAACCUCAGGCCAAGAAGGCCCUCCAGCUGCCUGCCAGCUAACCAACCGCAAGGCUCGGAGUACCAAACAAGUGGACCUCCAGAGUCCAAGUUUAGCCGGGUCAUCGUUGCCUCACAGAGGCCUCGGUCCUGAGGAUGCAGAAUACGCCAACCUGAUAGGAGCCAUGGACAACGACCUCGACCAUCCGGAGUCACUUAGUGGCGAGACUCUGCAUGACCAGAGCUCUCAGUCAAUACAAAACAAAGUUUUGGAUUCCAGAGGGAAGCUACGGGGCAAAACAAAAGCCCAGAGGAAGAAGGAAGAGCGAGAGAAAAAAUCAACAGUAAAGAUUCAGGGAGACGAGCUUAAAGAUAACCUGGCUGACAACGACGACAGCUCCUCCACUACUACAGAGACCUCCAAUCCAGAUGUGGAGACCAACAUCAAAGAGGAGCCAGUGAAAAAGAAAGGUAGGACAGUAACCGCAGAAAAAGUGAAAGAAGAACCUUCAAAUUUCCUAAUCAAACCUAAAACCAAGAAACAAGGAACCACAAAGAAAGAGAACCAAGCAGAAAAAUCCAGUUCUCUGGAGCUGCCAUAUGUAACACCGCUGGAGAACAAGCAACGCAAGAGCUUCACAUCCAAAGCUCUCUACCCUCUCACUACCAUCCCAAAGACAAGACCUGUGCAGAAACAGAGAUUCGAUGGGAAGCUGGAAGACGGGCGCCCCUCUCUGUUUGCCAAACUGUUGUCCAGCGGCUCAGUGCCCGAGCUGGGCCACAGCAGCAGCUCUGAGGGGGAGAAGGAGUUUGCAUCUCCAGAGUGGGAUGUACCACUUUCCAAAAACAGCGUCCAAGAAGAUAGUCUUCAGCAGAUCUCCCUCCAGACAAUAAACGCAGACCCUUUCCUGAAGAGAUCCGUCACAGCCGGGACCUGCUCCCCUCCACCGACCUCCCCCAGCUUACUGUCCCGAGGCACCUACAGCAGUGUACUCAACAGUAACAGUGAGGGAAACCAAAAGAAGGCCCCAGGAAAUAAAUUGUCAACAGCCACUCCACUCCCGGGCAAAAAUGGGAACCCCACCUUUGCUGCAGUAGCUGCUGGUUAUGAUAAAAGCCCAGGUGGCUCUGGCCCAGGUAAAACUGACAGCCAAGGAAAGAUUCUGGCACACAUGACGUCAGUGGAAAGUGACAGCUCUGACAGCUCUGGAUUGUGGAGUCCCAUUGACACAGCCACUAGUCAGAACUUCCACUCUGCCAACUCGUUCUCUGCUUUUGGACCCAACAAUUCCUUCAACCUGACAGGAGUUUUCAGUGGCAUGAAUCUCCCAAAGUCAUCAGAGCCUCAGCAAAGCUGGCCUGAGUUCACCCCUGUACACUCCAUCUGGGACAUACCAAGCAGUGACUCACUGCAUUCCUGGCCCAGCAGCUCCAGCUCACCGACUGCCCCAACUGCAUCACUUCUGGGAAACACCCGCAAUCCCUGGUCUGCUACCACACCCUUCGGCAGCUCCAUUUGGUCAACAAGUGCAGAUUCAGCCUUGCACCCUUUCCCUCCGACGACCAACUCAACAACUCUGACUGAUCUGGUCAACAGUCCCACCCCGUCGCCGCCAGCUUCCACCGAGAUGAGUCGGACCUACAACCCGUGGAACAUGUGGCGCCCCAUCCUGAGCAGGCGCAGCUCUGAGCCCUGGCCUAGCUCCCCCGACAACGGCAAUUAGAACGGCACUUAGCAGAAGCACAUCAUGGAUUUGAUGUACUCUGUACGCUAAAUCAAAUUCUUAUAUAAACAGAAUCCCAACAGAAAGCAAUGUUACCUGAAGUGUAAUGCAUUUGGUAGCCCAGUGCUGUAGGUUACCAACCCUGCAAUUUAGUUCUCUGCAGCUUUUUAUUCAUGGGGGCAGAAAUGCUAACUUUUAUUUGGAUUUGUUUUAACAGGUGCCCAUAAAUUAAAACAAUGGUCGAUUGCAUGGUAUGCUAACGCCAGUGCAGACAUUUCCCUGUUAUAGAAAUGCUGGUAAUGCUGCAUUCCUUCUAAAAGUUUGGUACAUGACGCAGAAUCUCUAAAGUUCAGUAUUAAUGUUGGUACAGACCAACACAGUUGGUACAAUACAGAUCUUAUUUUAAGCCAUGUGUUUUUACAAUCAUUUUGGUUCUUAUUGGUUUCUUUUAAAAGCUGGUUUGAAAAGUCAAAUUUGCACACAUUUGCAUUGAAAUCAUUGUGCUAGGCUUUUAUUUGGCAGCAGGGAUCUUUCAUAAUAUGAAAUACUCCAUAAUACUCCAUGAACAUUCAUGUUCCCCAUCUUAAAGUAUCAAAGCCUUCUGUGCAAAUAAAUUGGUCAAAUGAUCAAAGAACACUUAAGUUUGAGGUUUGUAUUGUACAUCGCCUCUAUUUGUCAGCAAAUUUAAAUAAAGGACUUGAGCAAAA